CUGCCAGGCUCUUAAUGCAAGCACUAAGCACUUCACACGCGUCCACUGAAUGGAGGGCAACUUGAGCCACUUCAUGAAUAAGUGAUCUCAUAAGGUACCCCGGGUUCCCACUUCUUUCUCUCUUUCAGAACCUCUCUGGUUCUCGGAUUACCUCGGGUCAUUACAUCACAACAACAACGAACAACAUUCAUAACCCUUUUCCUGUCUGUCAAAGUCAACAACCUCUUGCUUGAGGUAAUCAAGACAUUGAACAGCAAAGAUGCCGGGCACUUCGCGCAUGCCUGUCAGCCUCCGGCAGAGCAUUGACAGCGUCAAGAGGUCGAGGCCGAGGAAUCCGAUGCAGGUGGUGAACCUCAAUGUCGACUUAAUCCGCAACAUCGUCUUCUUCCUCUUCCUGCUCCGUUGGACCCGCCGCGCCUUGUGGAAGCUCAAAGGCCGCGGUCUCUUCGGCACCCUCUUCGAGCUCUUCACUGACGCCCGCCGCAUCCUCUACGGUUACUUCCUCCGCCUGCCCGGCGUGCGCACCAAAGUGCGCGCCCAGAUCGACGAUGCCCUCACCAAGAUGCAAGCCAAGAUGAUUCCCGCGGGCCAGACCCGGUACCUCUCUCUCCCCAAGGAAGGUUGGACCGAGGGGGCCAUCCGCAAGGAGCUCGAAGCGCUCGCGACCAUGGACCACACGCGGUGGGAAGACGGCUUCGUCUCGGGUGCCGUCUACAGCGGUGAGGACGAACUUCUGAAACUACAAACAGUAGCCUACGGCAAGUUCACCGUCGCCAACCCGAUCCACCCGGACGUCUUCCCGGGAGUACGCAAGAUGGAAGCCGAAGUAGUCGCCAUGGUUCUCUCCCUCUUCAAUGCGCCCCCGGGAGCCGCCGGCGUCUCCACCUCGGGCGGCACCGAGUCCAUCCUCAUGGCCAUCCUCAGCGCCCGCCAAAAGGCCUACCACGAGCGCGGCGUUACCGAGCCGGAGAUGAUCAUCCCCGAAACCGCCCACACAGCCUUCCGCAAAGCAGCCGAAUACUUCAAGAUCAAACUCCACCUCGUCUCCUGCCCUGCUCCCUCCUACCAAGUCGACACCAAGCGUGUGGCCCGGCUGAUCAACCGCAACACUAUCAUGCUAGUCGGUUCGGCCCCCAACUUCCCGCACGGCAUCAUCGACGACAUUUCGGCUCUCUCCAAGCUCGCCCUCCGCAAAAAGAUCCCCCUGCACGUCGAUUGCUGCCUAGGCUCCUUCCUCGUUCCCUUCCUCGACAAAGCCGGCUUCGACUCGCAACCGUUCGACUUCCGCCUCAAGGGCGUCACUUCGAUCUCCUGCGACACGCACAAAUACGGCUUUGCCCCCAAAGGCAACAGCACAGUCCUCUACCGCAACGCCGAGUUGAGGGCAUAUCAAUACUUCGUCGACCCUUCCUGGUCCGGAGGCGUUUACGCCUCCCCGGGAAUCGCCGGCUCGCGCCCCGGUGCUCUCAUCGCCGCCUGCUGGGCCUCGCUCAUGUCCGUGGGCGAAGAAGGCUAUCUCAAGUCGUGCACGCAAAUCGUGGGCGCAACCAAGAAACUCGCCGAACAUAUCCGCUCCGGUCACCCUACCUUGCAGCAGGAACUCGAAAUCCUCGGUAACCCCUUAGUCUCCGUCCUGGCUUUCCAAGCCAGGGGGGAUUUGAAUAUUUAUGACAUCGCCGACGGCAUGUCCGCGCGCGGGUGGCACCUCAACGCGCUGCAGAACCCUCCCGCUAUCCAUGUAGCGGUGACGGCGCCGGUGGCGAAGAAUUGGGAGCGGUUAGCGACCGAUUUGGAGAGCGUGGUGGAGGAGGAACGCGAAAAAGAGAGGGUGAGGCAGGUGGAGGCGUUGAAGAUGGGUACCUCGAAAGGAAAGACGGGGAAGCAAAAGGCGGCGGGAGACACGGCGGCGUUGUAUGGUGUUGCGGGGAGUUUGCCGAAUAAGAGCGUGGUGGUGGAUUUGGCGAGGGGGUUUUUGGAUUUGUUGUAUAAGGCUUAGUUAGGACUAAGCUGAAUGAAUUAGUGGUAAUCAAGUAAAAAUUGGGUUUGUUGUUGUUCGAGCAAGCGUUGCGUUAUGUUGUGUUUGUUGAAGAGAGAUACCUAAGUAGGAAGGAAGGAAGGAAACUGGAUCAAAAAGGGAACCUGGAAGGGUAAUUGUACAAUUAUUUCGAG